GAAUAGAAAUAUGGCGUGCGUUAUUGUAAUUAGCGAUACUUAACAUUUUUAAAGUUCACAAUUUAAUUUUACUCGUAAUUUUAAAAAUUUGUGUUGUGCCUCAAAGUUUUAUUAUUUGAAGAGAUGGUGGAUUUGGAUAAUUCCAUGGUAUUGUAUGGAGAGGAAACCGAACGACUUGAUAGAAUUUUACCAAUCAACCCUGUACAUGGAAGAAAUUGGACACAUACAAUGCGACGAUCAAUGCAAGAAAUCAUCCCUGGAGUAUUUUUAGGACCCUAUUUGUCAGCAUCUAAAUCACAUUUAGAAUCACUUUUACAAAAUGGUAUUACACAUAUUGUGUGCGUAAGGCAAGAAGAUGAGGCCCAUUUUAUAAGGCCUAAUUUUUUGGAUACAUUUAAAUAUUUAAUAGUUGAGUUGGCGGAUUCAAUUUAUGAAAGCAUUAUACCACAUUUUUCGCAAGUUCGUAAAUUUUUACAAGAAUGUAGAUCAGAAGGCGGCAAAGUUUUAAUACAUGGAAAUAAUGGCAUAUCAAGAAGUGCAGCACUUGUACUUGCUUAUAUAAUGGAAGAAUAUUGUUUGACUUUCAAAGAAGCUUUUAAAGUUGUACAAGAUCGAAGAUAUUGUAUCAAUCCAAAUGCAGGAUUUAUAGCACAACUAGAAGAAUUUGAACCAAUUUUACGGGCACGACGCACAUUUCAAUUAGGACAGUGUUCUUCAGGUAAUCAACGAGCGGAUAAACGAAGACGUGACCAUGAAGAAGAUAAUUUAGAUUGCAUUCCCAUACCACCGCCACCAAGUCCAGUAAAUGGACAACAUGGCGGUUCGAUAGAAUCCAUGGAUAUUGGAUUCUGUACGUAGUAACUAUUUACGUACAACACUUUCAUAUAUUUAUUUUCUUAUCAGAAUUACUGAUACGCGACUUUUAUGCACCUAGAUUUUAUUACUUUAUUUGUUUAAAGUCUCUCUGUAAUUUUUA